UCCAGGAGCUGCACGAUCUCAGCCAGCGCUGCAAGCGCGCCAAGUGCAAAGUGGUGUGAACCUGAAAGCGAACUUCACCAUCCAACCAUGUCGCAAACAGCCCUUCCGGAACUUGGAUACACCCCUGGGGAUUUGACGGAGCCGCAGUUCCGGCUACCCUCGCAUCAGCAGCUCCUCGACCAGAAGCGGGAUACCUCCGAUGGUAUACCACUAAGCCGUCUUACUUUGGACACGCGGGACACGCAGCCCAUUAAAUACCGAGAGUUUCCCUCCCUGGCAGCUGCCCAAAAUCGCUACACGGAUCACUUGGAGCGCGGUAGUGAACUGAACUUUUCCGUUUUGGAGCCCGGCAAGGAUCUGAUCUCACUGCCCACGGUAGCGGUGCGUAACUUCGACUCGGAUCCCGAUCUCAUCAAGAAGAUGCCGCUGCACUCGAUUACGGAGAAGCCCAAUGAGCGGUGUCCCUCGCCGGUGGUUCCGGCCUAUGCCAACUUCGAGCUGGCCAAGCGGAUGCACCAGGACAACCUGGACCACCAGCCGCUGCCCGACUGCGUGGCGGACUUGGCCUUCCGGCGGGCCCAGAUUGCGGGUGGUCACGCGGGCCUGGCCCUGGACAUUGAUCCCAUAGCCACGGGAGUGGGCGUGAAGACCCACAACGCCGGACCCACGCACUGCACCAAGAUGAAGGUCUUCCGCCCGAAGACCGGCGGUGGCAUCGUGCCCCGGGCUCUGGGCCACGGAGAUCCCUACCGGGGAGUGGGCUCUGCGCCGGCCAAGAAGAUGGGUCCCAUGGAUCUGGCCAUUUGCUGGGACUUCAAGCCAGCCAAUCCCGCGGACGAGCCACGCCUGGCCAGGCACAUAGAUGGCUCCAAUGACUCGGCGGGACCGGCUGUCUUCACCUGUGUGAAGACGCCGCGCGAGGAGCACUCCUCCGAUUUGGGCAGGUCGGCAGGGGUGUUCACCAGCACUCUGGGAGAAGCGGACUUCUUCGACAAGGAUAUACUGAGAAAGAGAACGGACUUCGGAGGAGCCCGCUUGGACCGCGAGGAUCCGUGUGCCUGUGACUAUUCCCCCCCGUCGAGGCAGAGAGCCCGCAGUGUUUCCCGGGAGUCCAGUGCCUCGCAGUGCCGGAGGCGAGGAUCCGGCUUCGGAGGACCAAAUGGGGGAGUGAGCUUUGGGAACCUGGCGGAGCUACCCGGACGUGGAAUGCCCGAUCGGCUGGCCAAGCAGUAUCAGUCGUCGCCCAUGCUCGGCGAUAAGGCCUACCAGGCCUUGAGGGAAAAGUACUUGGGUCCGGAGUCUGGGCAGGAUUCCUGCCAGACCAUGGACUGCCGGCCAACCGGAGGUCCUCCCUGCAAACGGGAUGUCCUGCUGCGGCGACCUGCUCGCCGCCUCUGCCACAAGGUGGCUCCAGCUCCACGCUGCUGUCCACCCUCCUUUGGAGGACAUGGCCAUGGCCAUUGCCUGACCAGCAAGGCGGCCUUCCGCGCCGGUGUGCCCAAGCACAACGCCUCCGGGGACUUUGUGGGCAUGGAACCGGGAUGGGGAGGCGGUGCAGGAGGGGCCAGGGUGCUGGUGGUGCCACGCCCCCGGCAGCCGUACGCCAAGAAGAACUACGACAUUGAGACGCUGGUGCCGCCGUUCCAAAGCCAAGCGGGCGGAGCGGGACAGGGCGGCUAUCCGGAGCACUGGCGCCUGGCCAGCGUCUAUCAGCACGCCUACAAGCCACUGGAUCAGCGCCGGCGACCGCUCCUCCAAACCGUCUACAAGUAGAUCCAUGUGUGACCCAAGCCCAAUCGGGAUAUAUCUAUAUAUUUAAAUUGAAUAACAGUUUCCCACAAAGUAUGUUUCCAAUAAACUAAGUUUGGAAUGUGAAA